UUUGUUAUAUAAGCAUCUCCACAUCUUGUAAAUAGUUAUAGCUAAUAGCAACUAGCUCUACAUACAUUUGGACAGAAUGUCAAGUACCAGACCAGACUUAAAGUUCUCGGAUAAUGCCGAUGAAAGACUGUUCUAUACCAAAUUCUCAAAAUUACCUACUAAAGAUAAUUCUACUAUUAGAAUAGUAGAUAAUAAUAAAGAUUACUUUACGGCAUUGGAUGAUGAUGCAGAUUUAAUUGCUGAUAAUAUUUAUAAAACUCAAUCAGUAAUUAAGUAUAGUCAAUCUCGUAAAAAUAAAUAUGUCACAAUUGCUUCACAAGUCUUUCUUAAUAAUGUAUUAAAGUUUGUUCUUAUUGAUAAACAUUUAAAGUUAGAGAUUUAUAAUAAAUCCUUUGAAUUAAUUUGUACUGCCACUGCCGGAAAUUUAGUUAAUUUAUCUAAUGAAUAUGGAGUUAAUCUCGAAUCAAUGUUUCAAGAUUGUUCAAAUCCAAUAAUUGCAGCUAUUAGGUAUACUUCAGUUGGCAAUAGUAUGAAGAAAGUAGGAGUUGCAUUAAUUGAUACUCUGAAUUCAACUAUCCAACUCUCUGAAUUUGAAGAUAAUGAUCUUUUCUCGAAUUUAGAAAGUUUAUUAUUACAACUUGGAGUUAAAGAGGUGGUUUUACCUUCUAAUUAUUCUCCUGAACAAGAAAAUUCAGAUACAAUCAAAUUAUUUCAAGUUAUUGAUAAAAUUGGAAAUCUUGUCAUUUCAUCAACAAAGUCAUCUGUUUUUAACACUAAAGAUAUAGAACAAGAUUUAUCUAAAAUUGUCAUUAAUGAUAAUGUUGAUAAAAAGGAUGAAGAAAUAAAAAUUGAACUUAUUCUUGCUUCAAAAGGUAUUAAUUCAAUAGAUUUUCAAAUCUCAUUAUCAUGUUGUAAUGCUUUAAUUGUAUAUUUGGAUCUUUUGGGUGAUAAUGAAUAUAAUUUCACUAUUGAUCAAUAUAAUCUUACUUCAUUUAUGAAAUUAGAUUCCUCAACUAUGAAGGCUCUUAAUAUUUUCCCAAUUUCUUCGUCUUCAUCAUCUACUACAUCUGCUUCUCCAAAUUCAAAAUCAUCUACUAUUGGAUCAAUUUUUGAAUUGUUAAAUAAAUGUAAAACCGUUGCUGGUUCUCGGUUAUUAUCUCAAUGGUUGAAGCAACCCCUUACAAACUUAUCCAUGAUUGAAGAAAGACAGGAUUUAGUUAGUUACUUGAUUUCCAACACUAACCUUCGAGUUUUCUUAUCUCAAGAAUUUGCAUCUCAAGUACCUGAUAUUAAACGUCUUCUUAAAAAGAUUUCAGUUGGUGUUGGUAAAAGUGUAGGAAAUGAAAAUAAAAAAUUAGAAGAUGUGGUUAGAUUAUAUCAAUUAAUCCUUGUCUUACCUACAUUAAUAGAGACACUUAAAACAGAAGCCGAAGGAAAUUCAUUAGUUGAGAAAUAUUGGUUACAACCUAUUCAACGAGAUUAUGAAUUAUUAUUAAAAUUCCAAGAAUUGAUUGAAACAACUAUUGAUUUAUCUCCCUUAGAAGCUUCUUCAUCAUUUGAUUUAUUAAAUACAGAUUUUAAUAUCAAACCUGAAUUUGAUGAUUCAUUAGUUGAAAUUGAUAAUAAAUUACAACUGGCUCUUGAAGAGAUUAAACAACAACAUAUUGAAGUUGGUGAUGAUUUAAAUAUGGAAUUGGAUAAGAAAUUAAAAUUGGAGAAACAUAUUCAACAUGGUUGGUGUUUUAGAGUCACAAGAAUUGAUUCCACUGUAUUAAGGAACACUAAUAAUAGAUAUAAUGAAUUACAGGUCGUUAAAGCAGGGGUCUAUUUUACAACCAAGAAAUUAGCUGCUUUAUCAAAGCAAUAUUCCGAUGCUUCUACUGAAUAUAAUCGUAAACAACGAGAAUUAAUUAAGGAAAUACUUGCUAUCACAUUAACUUAUCAACAAGUAUUUACCUCUCUUACAUUAAGUAUAUCCCAUUUGGAUGUUUUGACUAGUUUUGCUAAUGUUGCUAUCACAGCUCCAAUCACAUUUAUUAAACCUAAGUUACAUCCAUUAAGUGGUUCUAUAGAUUCUCCUGAAUUUAAAAAUAGAAAAAUUCAAUUAAGAGAUGCACGUCAUCCAGUUGUUGAAGUUCAAGAUGAUGUUAGUUUCAUUGCAAAUGAUGUCAAAUUCUCCAAUGAAGAUAAGUCAUUUGCUAUAAUUACCGGUCCUAAUAUGGGUGGUAAGAGUACAUAUAUUAGACAAGUAGGAGUCAUUGCAUUAAUGAGUCAAAUUGGUAGUUUCAUUCCUGUCUCGGACGAUGAAGAACCAGCAGAAAUUCCAAUUUUUGAUGCUAUUUUAUCAAGAGUUGGUGCAGGUGAUUCACAAUUGAAAGGAUUAUCAACAUUUAUGAUUGAAAUGUUAGAAACUUCGUCUAUUUUAGCAACAGCCACUCAUAAUUCCCUUAUCAUUAUUGAUGAGUUGGGAAGAGGUACAUCAACUUAUGAUGGGUUUGGAUUAGCAUGGUCAAUUCUGGAACAUUUGAUAACCAACAAGAACUGUUUUACAUUAUUUGCUACUCAUUUCCAUGAAUUAACUCAAUUAGCUUCAAAGUAUUCAAAUGUUGAUAAUUUACAUGUUGUAGCUCAUGUUGAGAAAGAUUCAGAAAAUGAUGAUGAUAUAACUUUAAUGUAUAAGGUUGAACCUGGGAUUUCAGAUAAAUCUUUUGGUAUUCAUGUAGCUGAACUUGUAAAAUUUCCUACUAAGAUUAUUAAUAUGGCUAAGAGGAAAGCUUCAGAAUUACAAGAUACUAAUCUUUCAGAAAAUGAUAAAUUUAUUCAAAAUAAAAGAACUAAAUGUAAUGAACAAGAAAUUAAUGAUGGACUUAAGAAAUUAAAGGAUGUUUUAAAACAAUGGAAGAAUUCUUGUUAUAAUGAAGCUGAUGGAACUAAUAAAUUCACUAGUGACGAAGCAAUUGAAAAAUUAAGAAUUUUAGUUGAUGAACAAGGACUUCAAAAUAACAAGCUAGUUAGUGAAAUUCUCAACUUAUAGAUAGAGUUAAUACUUUUUUA